GCGUAACGCUGUUGGCGCGAGCGAGGGGCGUGGAGCCUGGGCCCUUUGCCUCUCGGGGCAGUUCCCACCAAGUCUUCGGAGGGACAGACAGGCUGUGGAGCCAGCCAGGGCGGCCCAACAUGGCCAGUGAGCCGGACACCACCGAAGUAAGGGCCCAGCACAGGUUUGACCAAGAAGCCUUGGAGAGAUACCUGUCCCAGCACCUCUCGGGCUUCCCUCAGCAGCAGCACGAAGCACUAGAAGUCAGGCAGUACAGCUCUGGACAAUCCAACCCAACCUUUUACUUGAAGAAAGGCUCAAGAACCUAUGUGCUUAAGAAGAAGCCUCAUGGCCCUCUACUCUCUGGAGCUCACAGGAUUGACAGAGAAUACCGUGUUCAAAAAGCCUUGCUUGCUACUGGAUUUCCUGUUCCUGAGCCCCUCUUAUACUGCAAUGAUACUUCUGUGAUUGGAACAGAAUUUUAUGUGAUGCAGCAUGUGCAGGGUCGCAUUUUUCGUGACAUCACACUGUCUGAGGUAAGCCCAGUAGAGCGGUCUGCCUUAUAUGUAGCUAUGAUGGAAACCUUGGCCCAGCUGCACUCAUUCAAUGUGAACUCACUUGGACUUCAAAGUUAUGGAAAAGGAACUGGCUACUGUAGGAGACAGGUAUCUGCUUGGAAAAGACAGUAUGAAGCAGCUGCUCAUACCGACAUCCCCGCAAUGAAUGAGUUGGCUGAAUGGUUAAUGAACAAUCUACCUUCCAAUGAUAAUGAAGAAAAGAUAACCCAUGGAGACUUCAGAUUAGAAAAUGUCAUAUUUCAUCCACGAGAGACUCGUGUUGUAGCGGUGCUGGACUGGGAACUUUCAACUGUGGGACAUCCUAUCGCAGACUUUGCUUAUGCUACUUCAUUCCUCUUUGCACCCAGAUCUCUUCUGCAUGUAUCCUCUAGGCUUUUCAAGAAUGUAAGAAAUGUUGAAGGAGUUCCUUCAUUUGAAGAACUCUGCACGGUUUACUCUCGGUGCAGAGGUAUCGGUCGUGCUCUGCCUGACCUGAAUUUCUUUCGUGCAUUAGCAUAUUUUAAAUUAGCAUCAAUAAGCCAGGGUGUUUAUGCCAGAUAUCUCAUUGGAAAUUCUUCCGCGGAAAGCAGUGUUGAGUUUGGUGGGAUGGUAAAACCUUUGGCAGAAGUUGGAUUGCAGUUCACAAAAAAGACAUUUUCCCUGACUGAUAUCCAAUAUAGUGGCACAAGGGAAGGGUUCCAGCAGUCUAAGGAGGGUGUGGAGAUGCUCCAGAAGGUGAAGGAAUUCAUGAAAAAAUAUGUCUUCCCAGUUGAAAAGGAAAUGGUAGAGUAUUAUGUCAAAAAUAAAAAUUCCCCUGAAAUAUGGAAAAAGCCUGCUGUUAUUGAAAGACUGAAGGAAAAGGCCAAACAGGAGGGUCUCUGGAAUCUUUUCUUGCCUGCAAUCAGUGGUCUUGGCCAACUGGACUAUGCAUUAAUUGCAGAAGAGACUGGAAAAUGUUUCUAUGCUCCAGAGGUGUUCAACUGCCAUGCACCAGAUACUGGAAACAUGGAGGUCUUGCACUUGUAUGGGACAGAGGAACAGAAGAAGCAGUGGUUGGAACCUCUCCUGGAAGGAAAAAUUAACUCUUGUUUCUGUAUGACAGAACCUGAUGUCGCUUCCAGUGAUGCCACCAAUAUGCAGUGCAGCCUUCAGAGAAAUGGAGACAUCUGUAUUAUCAAUGGCAAGAAAUGGUGGAGCAGUGGAGCAGGAAAUCCAAAUUGCAAGUUAGCUAUUGUGAUGGUCAAAGAUAAAAACACAUCUGGAUCCAGAUACAAACAGCACAGUAUGAUAAUUGUGCCGAUGGAUACUCCAGGGCUCAAGAUCGUAAGGCCACUUUCCGUUUUUGGAUAUAUGGAUUAUUUCCAUGGUGGACAUUUUGAAAUCCAUUUUAACAAUGUUUGUGUGCCUGCCUCCAAUUUGAUACUUGGAGAAGGAAGAGGAUUUGAAAUUGCUCAGGGAAGACUUGGGCCCGGCCGCAUCCACCACUGUAUGAGGUCAAUAGGGGCGGCUGAAACUGCACUGAAGAUCUUGUGUGAACGUGCAGCCCAGAGGGUGACAUUUGGAAAGAAACUGUACCAUCAUGAAGUUGUGGCUCACUGGAUUGCUGAAUGCCGCAUUGCUAUUGAACAGGCAAGGCUGCUUACAUUGAAAGGAGCCAGCAAAAUAGACUCUUUGGGCAACAAAGCUGCCACAAAAGAGGUUGCGAUGAUCAAAGUGGUAGUGCCUCGGGCAGUCAUUAAAGUAAUUGACUGUGCCAUUCAAGUGUGUGGAGGUGCUGGAUUUUCAGAAGACUUCCCACUGGCUCAAAUGUUUGCCCACAUUCGGUCAUUACGUGUCGCUGAUGGGCCUGAUGAAGUUCACCUCUCAGCAAUUGCAAAACGAGAACUUCUUGAACAAGCCAAGCAACUGAAUGCCCACCUUUAAUAUUUUGUUAUGUGUCUUCAAGUCAUUUCCAACUUAUGGUGACUAUAAGGUGAAUCUUAUCAUGCGAUUUUCCUGGCAAGAUUUGUUCUUGGGGGAUUCAAAAUAUGGUCUCCAGCUUCCUUGUUCAAUCACUACAUCGUAUUGCUUCAGUCUUUAAUAUUACUUCAGUAAUUUAGCUGUUAUGGAAUUAUCAUGAUUUGUAGGGAAAAUUGUAUGGGAAAUCUAGAGCAUAAGAUAUCAAAGCUAACAAAAUUUAUAAAAUUAUUACUUUGAUAUUCUCCAUCUUUGGAAAUCUUUAAUAAAUUAAACUUUUACGA